CUGAGGGUUGUCGGGUGAUUUUUCCGGGAUGCCUGAGAAGAUGAGGCUGUCGCGCAUGGAACGGGAUCGUAGGUCCAGAAUAGUUUCUUUCAUCGGUGUGUUUUCGUUAGUGGCAGCAUGCAUUAGUUCGCCAGAGAGAGAGAGAGAGAGAGAGAGAGAGAGAGAGAGCGUGACAUCGGGCUGUCUGCUGUUAUAUCCGGGAGGAAUGGACGCGUCUCAGUCGCCAGUGUAACGUGAACGGAGGCGAUGCGAUGCUCCCGCUCCUGAUGCCCUGCGCUGCUGCUGCUGCUUCAUCAUCAUCAUCAUCAUCAUCACUCCUAUUCUCCGACUUUACGCUUCCCAGGCCGUACGGGGACUGACAGAACCCGCACACAGAAACACACACCCUGAGGAGGAAUUACACACAGAUCCGAGCCGGUCCCGGACCUCCAUUGGCAAACAUCAGCGGCAGCGAGCCCCAGUUGUGGCCGGUGGGCAUGGUUUUGGAGGGCAGCUCAGAGGCGCUGUGUCCCCCCCCAUCUCUGGAGCUGCGCCCAUCCUGCAACAAGAGCCAGCCCUCGCCUCCUCUAGGCUCAAGCUCGCAACCCCACGACGGAGUCUUCCCUGAGGACAAGGAGCCCGUCAAGUACGGAGAGCUCAUCGUCUUAGGGCACAAUGGGUCGCUGGCCAAUGGGGACAAGGGCCGCAGAAGAAGCCGCCUGGCCCUCUAUAAGAGACCGAAAGCCAAUGGGGUCAAACCUGAUGUUAUCCACAAUGUCUCAACCCCUCUGGUGUCAAAGGCACUCAGCAACAAAAGCCAGCACAGCAUCUCCUACACACUGUCACGGAGCCACUCUGUCAUUGUGGAGUACACCCAUGACACCAACACAGACAUGUUUCAGAUUGGCCGGUCCACAGAGAGCAUGAUCGACUUUGUGGUGACGGACACAGCGGGCAGUGGCAGCGGUCAGGGCGGGGGUGCAGCAGGAGAGGGUGGCGGCGGAGGCCAGUCGGUCCAGAGCACCAUCUCCCGCUAUGCCUGCCGCAUCAUGUGUGAACGCAGCGCUCCCUACACAGCCCGCAUCUAUGCCGCCGGCUUCGACUCCUCCAAGAACAUCUUCCUGGGGGAGCGGGCUGCCAAAUGGAGGACAUCGGAUGGCUUGAUGGAUGGCCUGACCACCAACGGGGUGCUGGUGAUGCACCCGGCGGGGGAGUUUGUGUCUGAGCCAGCUCCGGGCGUCUGGAGGGAAAUUUCAGUUUGUGGAAACGUCUUUGCCUUGAGGGAGACUCGCUCAGCCCAACAGAGGGGAAAACUGGUUGAAAAUGAGUCAAACACCCUCCAGGACGGUUCUCUGAUUGAUCUAUGUGGGGCUACCCUGCUGUGGAGGACCCCCGCCGGACUGCGCCACACCCCCACCCUCAAACAGCUAGAGUCCCUUCGCCAGGAGCUGAAUGCCGCUCGGCCCCAGUGUCCCGUGGGCUUCAACACCCUAGCCUUCCCCAGUCUGGCCCAGCGUGAGAUUGUUGACAAGAAGCAGCCUUGGGUCUACGUCAACUGCGGCCAUGUACAUGGAUACCACAACUGGGGCUACCGCAAGGAGAAGGGUCCCGCUGGCCCCGGGGGCACAGCACCAGCCAGCACCGGGGAGAGGGAGUGCCCCAUGUGCCGGCGAGUGGGCCCCUAUGUGCCACUGUGGCUGGGCUGUGAGGGAGGAUUGUACCUGGAUGCCGGGCCGCCCACUCACGCUUUCUGCCCCUGCGGCCAUGUAUGCUCAGAAAAGACAGUGGUGGGGUGGAGCCAGAUCCCGUUGCCCCAUGGCACCCAUGCCUUCCACGCUGCCUGCCCCUUCUGUGGUACCUGGUUGACAGGGGAGCAGGGCCACAUCAAACUCAUCUUCCAGGGCCCCGUCGACUGAAGCUCAGACCUGGGUGCCACUAAGAGGAAAGUGACAGUGGAUUGGACUGAGAUAGACGUGCUGAGGCAAGACUGUGUGCUAGAACAAAAAUCUGAACACUCAAGUGUGGGAUGAAAGAGAAAGCACUGAUGACAAGUACAGGAAAAGGACUGUUGACAGAAUGAAUUGAAAGUGCCAUGCAAUAGUAGAUUGUCAAGGCUUCAAAUGGAAUAUUAGGUGUAUGGAGAAUAUGUAAAUAAAUUGUGUUGAAAUGAA